AUGCAGCACUUCCUUGAAGUAGCUUUCGAUGGAUCGUAUCGUGGUCCAUGUACAAAAACUGUUCGUUCAACUAUGAAACAAAUGUAUUUAACUUAUCGAGAAGAUUUACGUAAAGUUAUGUCAAAAAUUAAUCAUGUUGCUUUAACUGCAGACAUGUGGUCAAACUCCAGACGUCAAUCAUUCAUAUGUGUUACGGCUCAUAUUAUGACUAAUACCUAUGAGAAUAUUCCUGUUCUCAUUGGUUUUCGUCGUUUCAAAGGCCGCCAUACUGGUGAAUCAAUUCGAAAUUAUAUUGAUUAUGAAUUAAAACGAAGUGGUAUUGAAUCACAUCGUAUAAUCAGCAUUACAACUGAUGGUGCCUCGAACUUUGAAUCAGCUAUGGGAACAUUUCAAUUCGGUUAUCAUUUUAAAUGUGCAUCUCACAACUUGAACUUGGUGGUCAGCAAAGGUGUAUGCUUAUGGAAAAGACCUAAUCCCAAUACAUUUCCAUUUACCAAUGAUGAAAAUUUCAAUGACAAUGAUGUACAAUUUGAUAGUGAAGAAGAAAUUAGUGAUACCUAUAGUGAUAGUGAAGAGGAACAAGAUGAUGUCAGUAAUGAUCAAGUUACACCUUCUACCAGUCCAAGUGAGAAUUCAUCUUCUACGACAAUAAUUUCGGAGGAUGAAUUUUCCAGUGAUGAAGAACUUGAUGAUGAAGAAUGCGAUACUGGUGAUAUUGAAGGUGGUGUUUUAGAUGAAAAAGUAUUUCAUAUACUUCUGAAUAAUCUACAAGUUCUUCAAAAAACUCGUAAAUUAAUUGCUUUUAUUCGGAAUCAUCAAGUAACACGAGAUUAUGUUAAUCAAAGAAAACCUGGCCAGGUACCUUAUGGCAACAUAAUAUUAGAUAUGAAAAUAAGAUGGAAUAGUACUCAAAUAAUGCUCGAACGAUUUCUUAAUCAUCGAAAUGUUAUACAAGCAAUUGUUGCCUCACCAGACCGAUUUAAAAAUAGUUUGACUAAAAAAUGCCAAACUAAAUUAAAAAAAUUAUCGUUUACCCAUGACGAGUGGGAUUUAUUACAAAUUAUUUCAUCAGUUCUUGGUCCAUUUCAUCUGGCGACUGAAAUGUUGUCUGGUCAAACAUAUCCAACAUUAUCAACUGCCUAUUACACAAUCAAAGGUUUACAAACUUUUUUGUGGAAAGAAGAUGAUGAGCUUGAAUUAGCACGUGACAUUAAAAGAAGUCUUCAAGCACAAUUUAAAUAUUAUUUCAACGUUAAUAGAUCAAUCGAACAAAAACAAUUAACAUUGGCUGCUGCAUUUCUCGAUCCAACUAUGUACAAGGAAAUGAGCGAAAAUGAUAUUAUAGAUGCAAAGAAAAUUAUAAUGAAACUUAUGCGUGAAAAAGCAAACAUCGUCAGCAUGUCUAUGCCUGUGCAACAAUCUAAAACAACAACAAAUCAAACGUCUAAAGAAGGAGCAAAAGAAAAAUUCGCCAAAUUGUGCGGUAUUUCUACAACAACAACAACGUCAUCAACAUAUGAUAGACGUUUAUCGCUUGAUGAAGAAUUAUGCUAUUAUGUACAAGCAAUUGCUGAUGCAAAGCAAUUUAAUACAUUUUGGAUAGAGAAUGAUUCUAAAUUACCUAAUCUUGCGAAUAUUGUUCGACAAAUUUGUGCAAUACCCGCUACAUCUAUCAGUAGUGAGACUGCUUUCAGUUUAUCCGGUUACUUAUGUCGUAAACAACGCACAUCAUUAGGAUCAAAAAGCAUCCGACAUUCAAUGAUUUUGAAAUAUCGACCAUGGCUCGAUAAACUCAUUCAACACAUGGACCCUAAAAAUAAUUAG